AAAAAAAAAAAAAAAAAAAAAAGGUAAUACAAGUUUUUUUUUUUUUUUUUUACGGAAUGACGGUCUUUACUGAGGUUGAGGAAAGCACACGGUCCCCAUGCGGUACCUUUUCUUUUUGAGGGUGUUGAUUGGGCAGACAGUAUUGGCAAAGAGUGGUAUUUUCCGUUCAUUAUUCCUGAGGUAAGAGAAUGUCAUCGGGAUUUUUUUUUUUUUUUUUUUGUAUGUGUGAAAAUCGUUCAGUGUUUGCGAUGUUUCACGCCUUCUUCUCUGGAGAGGGCCGAACCAGCCCUCCAGCAUUGAAGAGCUUGCACGUUUGUCGGCAUUGUAAGAUCGACAGUUAUUUCCGUGUAGAUGUACAAUUUUCAGCCAGAUUUCAGAUUUUCAGGUUCUGCGCCUUCUGAGCAACGUCUCCCGAUCACAGCCUAAAGAAGUCCAUCCUCCCCGUCCAGGUAGGCGAGUGCUUGUAUAUCUCUGCAAGUCGCGACGUUGAUCUUAUUGAAUUUACUUCGAACUGCUGUUGACAUCAAAUGAACCGCAUUCUCAUUUACAAUUUUUCUCAUAGGCUUACCCUACUGACAUCAGAUGUCCGAAGAGAUUCGUUUCAGGUCCUCAUUCGCCAGCACCUCCUAGGCUCUUAGCCACCUUGACUCGCAAAUCUGUGCUGAGUUACAUCUGCUGCAUGAAGCCCAACCAACGUGGAGCAGAAUAUGAAGACUCUUCUGUGCGAGGGAGAUAUGAAGUUGGACGGCCAAUUUAGUGAAAGAGUCUCACCUGAGGGAGGGACUUCCCCAUCCCGUGAGCAGAGCAGGGUAGGCCGGGAGAAUGGACAAGGAGCAACUGCUCCCGAGAAUGCACAAGGAGAUUACCAAAGAGAGCACAAAGACGGCACUCCAAGCACAGGUCUCAGCAGACUGCAGCAACGUUCCAGGGAAAUACGCAGCAAGUUCAAGGCACUGGGAAGCUACGGAACGCCAUCAGCACUGCGGUCACUGAAAUCUCCAGCCUCCAGAGGCACACACAAGCCUUUUCGAAUGCCAUUUCGACAGCCUCUGGAUUCAGCUAAAAAUGAAUAGGCUUAUUAAUGAGAUGCAAUGGAAUACCUGUCCAUUUUUGUUUGGCACUGAAUUGCUUCAGUUCCUUGAUAUGGAUCAUGAAAUUGCAUUGGUUCCCUGUUUAUAUUCUGUGAUGUUUCAUUAAGAUACAGACUGUGAUUUUGUUUGAAGCCAUAUGAUGUAGGCCUAGCCUUACUUAAUUUAAGUAUUUUAGAAUGAUUAUUUUUAUUAGUUUUGUGAUAUUACCAAGAACCUUUUUUUUAUUGUGUUACAAUAUUUUUGUUAUAUAAUUGAGUUUGUGUAAGGAUAUCCUUUCUUUAGAUUCCUUGAGUAAAAGGCAUACCAAAUAAAGAUGUAUAGACUGAUUUGCCUGUGUCUGAUUUUAAGCUAUGGCACCAUUUCUUUAAGGAU